UCAGAAAGUAUGRAAACUGACUCUCACCAUAUGCAUGAUUUCUUGACAGAAGUUGUAGUAGAUGUAAAUCUUAAAUCAGGAGAAAAGAAUAAAGCAAGCCUAGAUAAAGCUAUCAUAACAGCAGUCGCUUUACGAAACAGCUGUGGAGGAGUCAUACGGUGGAAUUAUGAAAAAACGACAAGCGAAAAGCAAAUUGAUAAUUGGAUUACUUCAUAUUGUUCCAAAGAAAGUGAUCUAGGGGAAGUGGAUCCAAAUUUUCGAUCUUGUUUCCACUACGUAAAAGAUGCCACCUACAUCUUUGUCAGGAAGACCAGUAAUGUCCUAACCCAAGUACCAAACCUUUUCAAACGUUUGGAAAAAUCCAAUGAAAAGAUUAAAGGAUUCUCACAGAUUGAGUCCAUGUUGAAAAGGCACUCUAAAAAACAAUGUAGUUGUAUCAAUCAGACUUUGGAAACAGGGCCCUUUCAUCAGAAUAAUGUAGUAUCAUUUUUUGAAUCUCAAUAUACUGAAUUUAAAAAUUUUCCCGAUUGUGAUUUUACCCCAAGUGGAAUCUCACAAAAGGUCAAGGAAAACGUUGGAGCAUUUGCCAACACUGAUGGUGGCACUUUGUAUAUUGGAAUAGCUGAUAAUAGAAAGGUUAUUGGACAACUUGUUGCUAAAGACGAUGAAUGCCAAAUUAAAGAAUCCAUAGGAAAGCAAAUUAAGGAGAUGAUUUGGCUGCCAUAUUACGCCAAGACAGGAAUAACACCAGAAGUAGAGAGGCAUUACCGCAUAUCAUUUGCUCCAGUAGGCGGAACUACAGAUAGGGUGGUAAUAGUUUUACACAUCUGUAGAUUUGAUGGCACUGUGUUCCUUGAUAAACCAAAAUGCAGCACUAUUGAUGAUAGCGACCAAGUUGUCAAUAUGGAAUUUGAAGAAUGGCUGAUGCAUUUCCAAACCCCAGAAACUAACGAUCCAAGAUACGAAAGAAAGAACUGUGUCAGAAGUGUUUACAAACCACUCAAAGGAACAAUACUUGACAAGACGUUUCAAGAUUUGCCAGGACAGAUAAGAGUGCAUCCUAAGCAUGCGGUUGAAUGGAUCGUCAACGAUACUUUCACAUCGCUUCUUGAUGGUUUAAAUGAAUCCCUUGGCGCUAACGGCGGCCAUGCUUUUGUUCAGAAAAGAUGGGAUACCAUGCUUGGAAAACCAUGUAACAAACCGAGUAAUGUUAUCUGUGACAUACUUCUGUGCUUGCCUGAUUACCCAUUGAUACUGAUCACCCUGAUUAAUUCUGAGRAGAAGACAAGUGAGGUUCAUCAGUACAACGUAUUAUUGGCCACCAUGACUAAGAGGGAACUUGCCCAAGAGGCAAGGUGUUUGGAAGAGUUUUUUGUCAAACCUUUGGUACUGCGCAGCAGGGAUAUAAGCUCUUUCAGUGAACUGAAAAAAGAGUUUUCUCGUAAUGAGUGCUAUCCCCAUCAGUACUCCAAUAUGUCUCCUGAUAAAUAUUGUAAGCUCCUUGGAGCUUUAGCACUGGUUCUUGCCAAGGUCAAUUACUGUGUCACUUGUGAAGCUCAACAGAAACAUUAUUUGGUACUAACACAAGACCAGUAUGAUAUAUUGGAUGAGUUCUAUGGAAGUGCGUCCAGCGUUCAGAUUACAGGACCCCCAGGUACUGGCAAAACUCUUUUAGCAAUAGAGAGAAUUUCAAGACUCAGAAUGGAUGGCUGCCGCUUUGAAGAAAUCCUCUUUUUGUGCUCAAAUAAGAUUUUGGCCGCCAGAGUCAGGAACUAUCAAAUGCGUCAUGAUAAAAAGCGUUUGUGUAGAGUUUGGAAUUACUAUCAGURCAUUGAAAGCGUGAAAUUUGGUGAGGUUUUUAACCUUGGSAUCCGACACAUUGUGGCAGACGAAAUCCACAAUUUCAAAGAAAAUCCCUCCGAAARCACACCUUACCGUUGGUGGGAACAGUUGCUGAAGAUUUGUGACGACGAAGAGUCAACCUGUUGGUUUUUCUACGACUUCUCACAAAGAAUUACUAAARAAGAAACCGUAAAAAUACCUCGCAGAUUCCCCACRAAAAAUCUCGAAACAGUCAUCCGCACCACACGUGAAACCUACAAUUUCUACAAGCGCUUCAUGCCARACASGACGGGCAUAGGUCUUGGCCAUGAUAUCGAGGGUCCAAAGCCCCGUAUCCUAAUACCUCAGCAAAGUGGUGUUAGSAAAGARAGAAAUCUGGAGAACAUCCUUCUCYAUGUCCUACAUGAUUUGAUUGUCWCKAAAGGGCACUCACCGUCCUCAAUUUCAGUGUUUACAAGAACAGCCAAUUCAUUUGGAAUUCAAACGCAGGAAUGCACAGAAAUUCAACCUGAGAAUAAACAGAUAUGGGAUUUUUCGUCUCACUAA